AUGCACUCAAACGGUGCUCGCCAUGAACCUAUAACGUCGACACUCCUGAUUUCGCACAAUGAGCUGCAGCAUCAUCAACUUGGUAGGCCUGAAGAGUAUUUCUUCAUCAGUCCCGAGAGAUUGGCAGAAAUAGUUGAGGUUAAUAUGCACACAGAGUCCCUGCAACUCUGUGGUAUUUUUUCUGCGUUAAGAACAAACCUGGAUACGGGAAUUAUUGGGGAUCAAAGAGAUCUUCAUUUUCGAACCAAAGUCUUUGGUUCAAAUUUGAUCACUCUAUCGUGUGACAUCGCUCAAAGUCUCAAGCAGCUCUUGUUGGAUGCUUGCAAGGACAUGGCGAUCUUCCUUCUUCUGUGCUGCGCAGUGAUUUCUCUUGCAAUUGGGAUUAAGAGAAAUGGUAUGGAGGAAGGAUUGACUGAUGGAGCGUUCAUUUUCCUGAACAUAUCUAUUGUUAUCAGUUUUGGAGCCAUUUUCAGAUUCUUCCAAGGCAGAUGGAUGAUCAAAAAAUCCUUGAAGCAGCACAAGAAAGUCCUCCUGGUGGUGAGAAAUGGUAAGAUGCAGAAGAUUACUGAAUCCCAAGUAGUAGUUGGUGAUAUCGUAUACUUGAAGACCGGAGAUGAGGUGCCUGCUGAUGGGAUAUUCAUCGAUGGCUAUUCAUUUCAGCCCAAUGAGGGUGUGGGGGAAAUGGGCUCCAUCCUUUCACCAUAUCAUUCUCUUUUUACUGGUGCCAAGGUGGUUAAAGGCCACUGCCGAAUGCUCGUGACAUCCGUAGGAGAGAACACAGAAAGAAGCAGGCUCAUCAGAUCAAUAGCCCUCAUCCGGCAGAAUGAUCAUCAGAGGCCAAAGGCGCAACUACUGGAUGCAAUUGAGAAAACAAACUCCAAAUUGGAGAACAUUUUGUUGAGCCUCACGCUGAUCCUUCUAAUACUGCAACUAGUCCGGUGUUUUGUGUGGAGACAAGAUCACAAGACUGAUGAUAGGGACCACAAUCUUGAUUCCAAUGGAGUGAAGGGAACAUUUGAGGAUUUAAUGGAUGAAUCCAUAAAACUGAUGAAGAAGGAAACAUCAUCACAGACGAAGGGCUUAGUUACCAUGCUUUGCGUGCUGCUCUUUGCCAGGAGAGACGGCUUACCUUUAGCCAUUUUCACCUCAUUAUUGCUCUACGCAGCAAAAAAAAUGAAGUCCCGUGGGGCAAUUAUCCAAAAGCUUCCAGCAAGUGCAACAAUUGGCUUAGUUACCACCAUUUGCUUAGAUGGUAAAACGGCUGAUUUAGUUCUGCAGCACGCUAAUAUGGCUGAUUGGUGGGUUGGAACCAGCCUCGUCGAUCAGAAUGUGCUCAGACAAGUAGAUAAUCAAAUUCUGGAUAUCCUGCGGGAAGGUAUAUUUGUCCACACAGGCCACAACGGCCAAGCAGAUAUAUCUCUUCUUAGUUGGGCAAGGCCGGUGCUUGGCCUUAAUAUUGAUCAUCAUGAGUUUCACAGAAAUCAUUCCAUCAUUCGACAUGAAGCACCUGAUAUGGACAAGAGUUUUGUUAGUUGCUUGGUGAUGAAGCACAACAGUAGUGCAUCAGAUAAAGGGCUGCACGUGCACUGGAAAGGAGACCCGCAGCUCAUAGUAUUUAUGUGCUCUCGUUAUUAUACCGUAGAUGGAACUAUAGAAACCCUAGACGACAACAAAAGAAGUGAAUUUCUCCAAAUAGUUGAUGGUCUUGUUUCAUGUGGACGUCGCUGCUUUGCUUUUGCUUACAAACAAGAAACUCAGGAAGAAGAAAACUCCAGAACCGAGGAAAAGGAGAGAGAAGAAGUAGGUCAUAAUUAUGCUGGCGUGGAAACCCUCAAACCAUCGGAAGAUGGUCUAAUUUUGUUAGCGCUAGUGGGUUUGAAGAAUCCCUAUACACCUGAGACGAUAGAAGCAAUUGAAGAUUGUCGAAAAUCUGGAAUCGGGGUCAAGUUAUUGGUGGACGAUGACAUAAACACGGCGAGAAUCAUAGCCCUGAACUGCGGAAUCCUGAGGCCUGAAGAUGAUAUCAGCGAAAGUGGAGCAGUAGUAGAUGCUUCUGAUUUUCGAACCAGCUCCGAAGAAGACCGCAUGAAUAUGAUUGAUAACAUUCAUGUAAUGGCGAAUUCCUCUCCAGCUGAUAAGUUGUUGAUGGUGCAGUGCCUGAGACAAAAAGGUGAGAGAGUAGCUGCAACUGUUUCGUGCAUUAGAGACUGCCCGCUGAUGAAACAAGCCGAUGUUGGCAUUUUCACGGGCGAUGACGAUCACUGCCCACAAGUCUGCAAGGAAGAUGGCGAUAUCCUUGUCCUUAGCAGAAACUUCUCUCAAAUCCCAGGAAUCAUAAGGUUGGGAAAGCAGGUUUGCGGAAACCUGGAAAAAAUCGUGAACUUACAGCUCACCCUGGGAAUUUCAGCUUUCACUGUAAAUUUCAUUGGUGCAGCUGCUCUGGACAGGGAGGAGCUCAUAAGCUCGUUCCAGCUGCUAUGGACAAAUCUGAUCAUGGGAGUUCUCGGAACACUGGCAACGGCGAUCGGAACUGUACACACACAUUAUUCCUCUGAAAGGAACAAAUCCCGACCAAAGGUUUAUGGUUCAGGUCCGGUCAUAACCAGGAGCAUGUACAGAAACAUAGCCCUCCAAUCUGUCUCCCAGAUCACUGUCAUUCUGAUACUGGGAACGAAGGGAAAAGCCUGUUUCCAGGUCAGUGAAUCGGCCUUGGAAACAAUGAUUUUCAACUGUUACGCCUUCUGUCAGGUGUUCAUGUUGAUCUGUUCCAAUAUUGAUCUGAAGAAAACUGAUAUUCUUGGGCGGGAGAAAUCAUCAUCAGCGGGCAAGAAUUGCUUGUUUCUUGGUUGUCUGGUAACCAUCGGGAUUCUUCAGGUGGCGGUGAGUGAGAUGAUGGGUGUUAUGGGUCAUUGGGCGACGUUGGAUAUAAAACAAUGGUGUAUUUGCAUCGGAACUGCAUCAUUUUCAGUGCCCUUAAACAUUGCUGCAAAUGGAUGCGCAUUCAUCGUACGCAAAAGCUGCUUCAACUGUAAUUUAUUUUAA